UGUUUCUCCCUUUGUGGUGCUCAAGCUGGGAUCCACGUGGCCACCCGUGUUGGCCAGUGCCGGGUAAGACUUCCUAAGCACUCCUGCAUCUCUUUCCCAUCCCAACACGUCUCGUGCUGUGUGCUAAGUACCCCAGGAGAUCUGGGGAUCCUGUCUCCUAGGCUUCGCUUGAGGCCUUUAGUACCUUCCAGGAGGCCUACACGUUGUAAGUACUCAGGGUAUCUUUGUCCAGGAAAUAGACUCAAUGGGUUUGGGCCUCUCAGUUAUUCUGCCGCUUGAAAGGUCUGGUCAACUCUGAUGUGACAGACACUUGUAGACAGGUUACUUUCUCUAGUACAUUUUCUUUUUCUUUAAUUCCCACCUACCUCUCUUCAAGGGACAGAGCCUCCACCCGAGGACGGUUACCCGGCUUCCUGCACGUAGCACACGAUUGGCCGUUGUACCCUGCAGAAGUAAAGUUGUUAAGCAAGGAGACUUGUUAAGGAGUGCUGUGGUGCUGGUUGAAGCCAUAGGCUUCCCUCUGUAGCCUUGCCGUUUGCAGUGUCUGCUGGGGAAGAACAUUCCCCGCCUGACUGGGUGGGCCGGGCCCAGGCGCGCUCCUCCUCCAAGGCUGUAGGUUAACCCCUGCCCAUCUUUUUCCCAGGCCCCCGGCCCUCCCGCUGACAGAGGAGGGGGACGACGUGGAGCCAUGAAGCAGAUGGUGAACCUCUACCUCCUGGGCAUGGUGCUCACACUCCUCUCUGUCUUCGUGCGAGUGAUGGAGUCCCUGGAAAGCUUGCUGGAGAGCCCAGUGCCUGGCAACUCCUGGAACCCCAGAGGCCAGCUCACCGGCCCGGAACCUCCUAGGGGUCUUCCUGACCACCCACCCCGAGGGAUGCGAUAGCAUCCCCCAUGUCCCACCCAGUGUGUUGGCUGGGAAUGGUGACCUCAACGUGUCCAGCCAGCUAGCCAGCGAGCUCAGAGCACUCAUGCUGCCAAGCCAACUCAAGUUCCUAGGUCUAGGGGAUGGUGUUCAACUGGGUGUGCCAGGCCCUGGGGUGUGACUGUGGCUAUGGGAAGGCGUGAUCUCCCCCAGUGGCCUGCUCUGUGCUUUGCUGUGCCUGUGGUGGGCUCUGCCAUCUUAAAUGGAGACUGAGCUGUUGGCAGGUGCCAAUGCUUCCAGCCAUACUUCCCAGACACCGGCCCAGGGUUCUUCAGACUCAUGGAGUCUUUUGGGGUCAGUUUAUUUAGUGUUCAACAUUAGAUAGUAGUUGAAGAGGAAUGUGGAUUGUCUGCAGGGAGGAGGGACGUGGAGUGUUCCGUGUCCAGCUCUGUUUGUUUCACAGGGUUCUGUUCUCCCUCCAGCAUUGUGUGUGUGUGUGAAGGAAGGGGUGGUGGGGUGACAGAGCCUGCUGCGGGGACUACAGCAUUAUGGCCACCAUGUGGCUCAAAUGAAUUUUUCUAAUGCAAUA